CACAUGAUAUGGAAUGUAAAAAAUUGUGUUCUGCGUUAGCGUAUAAAUUGUUUACGUUUGAUAAAUCAAAAUAUUAGGUACCACUGGUAACUUGUUUACAAAUACACUCGGUGUGUUCUUGUUCAAGUUCUUCAUCUGUGCAUGAUGUUAUUAGUGGUUAGAUGAACUGCUUUGAGACGUCAGCAGUAGAUAUGCACACGUACUAUACUUUUGUGCGUACGCGGAAAAGUAACGCGUUUGACGCAUAAACUGGCAGGCGUAAGUAUUUUUUUCUGUUCACAGCUGAUUUGCACGUAUAUGGCAAAGGCAAUAAAUAACGGGAAGACAAAGUUUGAGCGGUAGUACAAUCUUUCCGGCCCAUAGUUACCGAAGAAGGAUGCGCUACACACUGUAUGCAGUUGGAAAUAACAGAUGACAGCGUUUUUUGUUAGCAGUACCUGUCAUUCGGUUUCACCUGCUUUUAUUCUAUACAACGUUUAAUGCAUCGGAACUGUUUUAGUACUUCGUGUUUCACUUCUGCAGUUGCGUGAGACAUGACUUUCCGUCAAUAUUGUUGUUCGUCCAAUCUUUCAAAUUGACAAUGUUUGUUGUAUUUCAAUGAAAUAUAUGCCAACAACACCGAAGUGAACCGUGUGCAGAUACUUAGACCACGCUUUUCUGUCCUCGAACGUGAGUUGUGAUCUGUCAAAAAGUCCCAUAAGUGUUACAUUGCACCCGGGUAUGUUAACAGAACAUGUUUUCGAUGGACGACGAAUGCUGGAGGAAUGGAUGAAGAGGAAAGUUGUGAAGAUAUCUGUUGCAACCGGCAGUAUUCUCAGUCACCGAAAUGAGGUCUCCGAGAAAAUUUCAACACUUUUGCAACCUGACAUCCUGGAUAUCGUACACAAACCGCAUGCAAGAAUUGAAUGUUGCACGAUGCAUACUUUGUAGCUUUCCUGCUUGAACGUUGUUACGACAGUUUCUCCACAGCUCAAACUCUUGUUUGUGUCGUUAAAGAUGAUGUGACGACAAAUUGCCAUGCGCAAAAAUCAAUUCUUUGCAUUUGUGUUUGUGUCGUUUUGUUUGUGGACUGUAGUGACAUAUUAUCUGUUCCAACACCGACCUCUCGGAACGCGCUUCCCAGAUAAGGCAUCUGUUGUAGAGGACCCUUUAGCAAGACUGGAAAAAAAGUUGAAGGAACAUUUAAAAGCCAACAAAAACUUAUUCAGAGAAAUACAGGAAUUUGUUUUUAAGGAAGCUGCAAACAACCACAUUGGAGAAAACUCACUUGUUGGGAAUGAAGCUCAGAAUGAAGUCCUGGGAAGUCGACAGAAGAAUAGCAAGGUUGAACAGUUGAAAGAUAUUGCGCAACAGAAACUACCAAACGGCGGCCCUGUCAUUGCUAUAGUUGUGUUUGCAUGCAAUCGUAUUACCGUCAGCAAGUGUAUUGAUCAGUUGGUGCGUUACCGUCCAUCACGCCAUCAGUUUCCUAUCAUUGUGAGCCAAGAUUGUCGCCAUAAAGCCACAGCUGAUGUUAUUGAUUCAUAUAGCAAUGAAGUUUUUCAUAUAGAGCAACCUGAUCAGUCAGAGAUUGAAGUACCUCCAAAGGAGAAAAAGUUUAGAGGUUAUUUCAACAUCGCACGGCAUUACGGCUGGGCACUAAACGAAACCUUUUUCAGAUUUGGGUUCAACACAGUCAUCAUCGUGGAAGUUUGUAUUGCAGAUGAUCUCGAUGUUGCUCCAGAUUUUUUUGAGUAUUUCUUGGGUACUUACUCACUUUUGCACAUGGAUCCUACCUUGUGGUGUGUGUCAGCCUGGAAUGAUAAUGGAAAGGCUGGUCUUGUAAAUGAAUCUGCCCCUGAUCUCUUGUACCGUACAGACUUCUUCCCAGGUCUGGGAUGGAUGUUGACCAAAGAACUGUGGAAAGAACUGGCUCCAAAAUGGCCACUGUCUUACUGGGAUGACUGGGUCAGGCAACCUGAUCAGCGAAGAAACAGGGCCUGUAUUCGGCCAGAAAUAUCUCGAACGAGGACAUUUGGCAAAGUUGGAGUUAGCAAUGGCCACUUCUAUGAAAAACAUUUGAAAUACAUUAAACUUAAUGAAAAGUUUGUGCCUUUUACUAAGAUGAAUUUGAACUACCUCUUAAAGGAUAAUUAUGAUGUCCAGUUUGUAAAGGAAGUGUAUGGCAGCCCAGUUGUAACUUAUCAAGAACUAAAGAAUGGGCCCAUAGUACAUGAUGGUCCAGUACGAAUACCAUAUUACACGAAGGAUAGUUACAAGAGGACAGCAAAAUUACUCGGAUUAAUGGAUGAUUUUAGAAGUGGUGUCCCACGUACUGGAUAUCGUGGUGUUGUGAGCUUCAUGUACAAAGGCAGGAGAGUAUAUUUAGCACCAAAUGCCAACUGGAAAAGUUACGAUCCAACGUGGAGCUAGCAUAGGGGAGACUGUAGGUGGCUGGUUUAUAGAGAAAAUUGUGGUCGACAAUGAAGUCCACCUCCAGGUCCUGACGUGGCUUCUCAGAGCUGAUGCUGUUUCUUCCGAGAAUUAUACUGUGGUGGUGAUCUGCUUGCAGGCAGUAGAUGAAGAAUGUUGAACAGAGCCUAAAUGAUUGUUUUGUAAAUUUAAAAGCAAUGUGCUGGGGAGACAAGUAAAUAAAUAAUUAAAAAGGGCAUGUGGUUCAUGCUUUGUGGAGCUAAAAGCUUGUGAUAUGUAAUGUGAAAUUGUCCCUCAGACCAUAUAGGUGCUGUCAUUCUCUCUAUUAAACCAGUCUCUGUUUUGCAGAACAAGCUGUUUUCAGAAUCUGGUUAUUCCUAGGCCCUGUGGGUUGCUAUUUAUGUAUGAGUUUUGUAAUGACGGAAUUUCAGUGAUACACUACUUAGGUACAUCAUUAACCUGCCAUUUUGCUUUAGUGGGGUAGCUUAUUUUCUAAUAGAAAACUUGUGUGACAACAGUAGAGUCAUCUGUACUUACAUUAAAUUUGAAUGUACUAUGAAGUAAGGGAGAGAAACGGGGUGGGCAGGGAGAUUGCGAAAGGUUUUAGCAAAGUGUGUUAAUAUUUUAAAAUAGAUUGUAAGUAUUUUGGCAUUGAGUUUUUUUUUAAUUCACGUAUGAAAUAAGGUAUGAACUACAUUGUAACUUUUGCAGAAUUAUUUAAUGAUGUGUCAUUUGACAAAAUUGAUGUCUGAGUAACUGUAACCAUAACCUCAGUUUCUGAUUUCGAGAAUCUGAUGUGCUUCUUCAUGAUAAAUAACAUGAAACUUUUUUUUUAAUAGCCUUUGAUGUCCACCAGAAAACUGACUAAAACUCUUUGCCAUAUACUGCAUUUAAAAUCUACUGAUGUACGUGUCAUAUUACCUUUGCUGCACGAGAGGCUGCUGGUCAGCUCUAUAAUCUGAUCUAUGUAUGUGAAAAUACAACAUGUAUAUGUCAUCUCUUAUACUGAGUGAUUCCAUGAAAUGAUAGUACAACAGAUCUAACAAACUGAUUUAUCGUUUUCAGUUUGUGCUGUAAUUUACAAUGUAGCUUUUUUAGGGGUAUUUGAGUACAAAAGUUAACCAUACAGUCUCACUUUCUGGAUAUAAACUUUACCUAUCAGUAUGGCUUGCUAAAUAUGUAAAUCAGUAUGAUUAUCCUUCGAUGAAACCACACCACAUGUAUUUUUGAAUACAUUAGAUCCUCCUUCUGUUCGCCUUCCCUCCUUCUUACCCUCGCCCCCCCCCCUCCCCCCUCCACCCCUCCAUAUCUCACUGUAAUUCAUACUGGCCCCCUGCCUCCUCUCCUUCGUGUCUCCAUUCCACUCUUGUUGCUGCUUAAUUCCUUCAAGUCUCCCUGUUCUUUUUCACAUUUCAUAUAUGUAGAAGACCAAAACAGUCAAUAGACCAGUUAGGCUGCACUGCAGUUUUUGGUCUUUAUUUUUUCGCAAGCUUUGGGACUAAUUUGAGUAGUGCUAUUAAUGUGGGUCAUACAGGAAGCCUGUGCAUUACAUUAAAGUAUCAUACUUCUUAAUGAACACUGCUACAGGGAUAUUCAAACUUUGAUGUAAAAUGUGUAAUCCACUAAAGGCCUUUUGAUUGGGUGUCAGUUUACCUAGGAAUUGUAAAUAUUUUAAAUUAAUGUCAGCACAUAAAGAGAAGCAAAACAUUCCUUAUGUUUGCUAUUAUUCUGGAUAGUUACAGAAGUUCUGCUUGUUGUCAGAGGUACAAAGGUGUCAUAGUAAUGUUUCUAAAUGCAUCUGCCAAUUGGAACAGUUACUUGCUGAAAGGAUCCUCUCAAAAUUAAAACAGAACAUUUUGAGCAGAGUUCUUUUCUACUACAUGAUGGUGUUAUACAGGAAUCCUUGCUUUCCUUCAUUUGGCAGGAGGAGAUGUACAAUGUGAUAAGAAUGUGAAGGAGAAGAAGAGAAAGGAAAUGUCAUAUAUUUUGGCACACAUUUCAUGUACUAGUAAGCAUUCAGACUGGGUCGCUGAGUGCCUGAUGACAUCAUUACACACACACACACACACACACACACACACACACACACACACACACACACACACACA